AUGGAGCUCUUUCUAAUGCUUUUACCUGAUGAAUCUAAGCCGAACAUUGUGCCCUGCUCAACCACACUGAGCGUCACUCCCAACAGAUGUCAGUUCUUUAAGUAUGAGCACAUCUCUCUGAGGUGUGCGACACCUGCAAACUCCAACGGCUGGACAGUGAGAAGAAACACCUCCUUUAGCACGUCUGAGGGAUGUGAGGUUGGCAUGGGGAUCCAAGGUGAGUCCUCCUGCACCAUAGAGGAUGCCUUCCCAUCAGACACCGGAGUGUACUGGUGUGAGUCUGGGCAGGGAGAGUACAGCAACAUCAUCAACAUCACAGUGACAGCUGGUGCCGUAAUCCUGGUGAGCCCUGUACUUCCUGUGACAGAGGGAGAUAAAGUGACACUUUGCUGUUCAUACAAGAAAGAACAGCAGGAUGACUCUACGUCAGAUUUGUCUACAUUCUACAGAAAUGAUGUUUUCAUUGGAAAUGAGCCUGCAGGAAAGAUGAUCCUCCCAGCGGUGUCCGAGUCUGACGAAGGCUUCUACAAGUGUAAACACCCCACAAAAGGAGAAUCACCACAGAGCUGGCUGUCUGUGAAAGGAGUACUGAUGAACCAGAGACUGGACCUCCCAGUUACAGCUCGGCCUCCAGAUGUCCCUCCUACUAGGCCUACUCCUCUUAUGUCACUGCCCAGGCUUGUGUGUUCCGGCCUGCUGUUUAUUUUCUACAAUGCCAUAUUCAUAGUGUGCAUAUACAUGUACCGAAGGUGGGCUCGAGCAAGAGCUUCUGAUCAUCAUGCACUGGAAUGAAGAGGAGGAGCGAUGAUAUAUGAUAAAAGCAAGAAAACACUUAUAAAC